AUGGUAGCUCUGAAUGACCAUCGCUCCCAUCCGGCACCCCAAUAUCCAACUCAUGGCGACUCCGCACAAAGAGGUUGUGGGGAAUACAGCCGUCAGGUUCUGGCAAAUGGAAAGUGCAAGAUUACGGCUACGCUGCCUCUACAAGACGGACACCGCUGCCCGGAUAUUUUCCGUUGUACUGAUGAGGUGUCCUACUGGCUCCACCAAAACGACAAUAGGAAACAGGACAUUCUGGAGAUGAGGGAACUUAUAGCAGAACUUCAGGAAGAGCUCAGGAACCAUAGACAUCGUCUGAGGAUUCUAGAACAUCAGCCUGAAGUAGGGAGCUACAACUCCUCCCUGGGGCACAGGGUGCAGAGCCUGGAGAUAUGGGCCGGUGAGAGCAGCACUCUGCAGCGCCUACAGGCCACCUUUAUCUAUGACAUCCAAGCUCAGGUCCGUAACAUCUCCCUGAUGCUGGAAGGAGCCAUCAGGAACUCAACAUGUCCUAUAGCUGAAGUCCUGGGAGCUCAGAGAUCACCACAUGCAGCAGCAGCUUUGAAACACACAAAGUCCUGUCACUCCGACUGUUCCAGCCUGUACCACAAUGGGAUCCGCAGCUCCGGCAGCUAUACUAUACUGCCAUCUAGUGGGAGAAGUCCAGUAGACGUGUUCUGUGACAUGGAGACGCAAGGCGGGGGGUGGACAGUGAUUCAGAGACGUCGGGAUGGAUCAAUCAGUUUCAACCGCACCUGGAAAGAAUACAAAGAAGGAUUUGGUGACCUGAAUGGUGAAUUCUGGCUAGGAAAUGACCAUAUCCACAAAAUCACCAGCAGGGGGGGAUACUCACUGAGGAUUGACAUGGAGGACUGGGACAGGGAGCACAAGUAUGUCCACUACCUGGAGUUCAGCAUAGAAGAUGAAUCCAACUACUACCGGCUCCACAUUUCUGGGCCUAGUGGGACAGCUGAGGACUUAUUUGCUUGGUACCACAAUAAAAGAAGUUUCAGUGCUCCAGGCUUUGGAAAUCUAUGUGCGGACAUCUCUCAUGGGGGUUGGUGGUACUAUCAGUGUUUCUACUCCAACCUCAACGGUGUCUACUAUGCGGGUGGAAAAUAUGUCAAAGGUCGUGAGACUAUGGGACCAGAUGGCAUUGUGUGGUACAGCUGGAAGAACACGGACUACUACUCACUAAAAAAAGUCUCCAUGAUGAUCCGGCCUAGAGUGUUCCGCCUCCAAACAUCCCCGUAA